AUGAGUGAUUUCGGUGCUGCUGUUAGGGGGGACUUGAAGAGAAACCACGAUGCCCAGCCAGAGGUAUAUAGAUCGCCCGAGGUGAUGUUGGAGGUUACUUGGAGUUAUCCGAUUGAUAUCUGGAAUGUCGGAGUUAUGAGAUGGGACAUAUUUGAAGGUAAACAUUUGUUUCAUGGCAUAGACCCAAAAGACACCGCGUAUUCCACUAGGGCACAUUUGGAAGAAGUAAUUGGUAUGCUUGGAAUGCCUCCCCUUGACCUCAUUAAGGUUGGUUCUCGAAGCGACGAGUUUUUGACCGACGAUGUCCGAGUCUCUCUUCCUUGCUACUCACCGCACUAUUCAAUAAGCCAGUGGAAGGCAGAUGUUCCGAUUCCUGCGAACUCAGGUCUAGCACAGUCUGAAUUGAACUUGGAAGGGGACGAGAAACAAGAGUUUUUGAGGUUCGUGGGGGGGAUGCUGCAAUGGAGCCCAGAGGAUCGAAAAACACCGAAGGAACUCCUCCAGGAUCCUUGGCUAUACAACUGA